AUGCUGCUCGCCUCCUGCCUGCAGCGAUGCCUCCAGCUGCUCCUCCUGCCCAUCCACGUACUCGCCUGCCUGGGCUUAUGGGACUCCUUCUAUAAGAAAGUCUUUCCAUAUAUCAUGGCCAAGGUGGCACCCAUCUACAACCGUAAGGUCUACAAGCAGAAACAAGAGCUGUUCAGCAACUUAAGAAAAUUUGCAGGUCCUUCGGGCCAGCUCACGUUGCUGGAAAUCAGCACGGGCACCGGCACCAAUUUCCAGUUCUACCCACCAGGCUGCCAGCUGAUGUGCACCGACCCUAGUCCCAAUUUCAGAAAGUUCCUCCUCAAGAGCCUCUCGGAGAACCAGCACCUUAAGCUUGAACAUUGUGUUGCUUCUGGCGAGGAACUGCAUCAAAUACCGGACGGCACCGUGGACGUGGUGGUGUGCACCUUAGUGCUGUGCUCCGUGACCAACGUCAAGAAAGUCCUGACGGAGGUUUUGCGAGUGCUCAGGCUGGGUGGAGCUUUCUACUUCUUGGAGCACGUGGCUGCAGAUCGUUCCAGUUGGACCUACUUUUGGCAAAAGGUCUGUGACCCAGUCUGGAAGUAUUUCGGAGAUGGGUGUUCCUUGAGCAGAGAGACAGAGAAGGAGCUGGAGAAAACUAAUUUCUCGGAACUGAAUUUGAGGCGCAUUCAUGUCGCACCUUACUGGAUUCCUACUAGUCCUCAUAUCAUUGGGUAUGCAGUAAAAUAA